GCCAAACUGGUACGGUCGGCAUUUUGGUUCAGAAACGGCUUUAAGCCGUUUCUGAUUUGAAACGGUAGUAAAUCGUACUCGAAUAGUGGCUAUUGUACGUUGUUACUUUCACUUUUUUGUUGGUGUGUCUCGAUUGAUUGUUGUAUAUUCUUAUUUCUUAUUAUUAUAGUUUAUUGUAUUAUUUUGAAACAGAUUGACGGAAUGGAUUCUAUUAGAACCCUCUAAGUGGACCCCAUAUGGCCCGAGAGUCACGUUUAUGUAAAUCUACCACAGACUACUGGAUUAUUUUCAUUUCCGAAAUGCCCUAAUCCCUUCAAAACGACCAAAACGCCUCCCUCUCCCUCUCCCGAUCUCAACCCUCAGCGAUGUUCGUGUUUUACAGACAUUCAUACCCACCAGUUUCGAAAGUUUCCCUCGCAUUUGCAAUUUGUGCAUCCAAACGCCUUUUUUAAAAAAUGUACGGUUCCUGAUGUCGAUCUCUCUCUGAUCCUUCAAUCGGCCUUACCCAGUAUUUGUUGUAAUAGAUGUAGGAUCUGAAAUUAGGGAUGCAAUCUGCUAUAAACUCUUGUAAUUCACUUCAUCUACACUCCAAACAUCGGAGACGGGAUUUUCGAGAUCUCGUUUUCUUCUUUCUCGAACAUGGAUCGGUUUCAACAGAAGAAGAAAUCAUCGGUCGGAGAAGGUCCCAGUUCUUGAGAAUGUUUACUGGAAGGACCUCAACUUUCUUGUCUUUGUCUGGAUUGCAUUCCUUGCACUACAGAUUGCCAAGCGGCCUUGAUAAAGUGAACCCCUCAUCUUUCAUUGUUCGAUACCUUAAAUCCAAUUUGGAUGAUGUUGUCUUAAAGCUUAUCAUCCUGAAUGGCUGGGCAAGGAUUCCACAUUCUUGGAGACGGGCGAUCAAUGGACUUGUAGGAGAGCUGGAUGAAAAGGCAAAAAUCAUACAUGAGGAUUUGACCAAUCACGUAUGUACCUUGAUUCCCUUUGAGAAACUAUGACAAUUAUGUCUCUUCAUUUCUCAUUAGCUGCAAAAUUUUGGUUUCAUGGAUUGAAGCAAGCC